AUGAAUUUCGAUCAGAUUCUAUCUGUUGUGGGUGGCUUUGGUAGAUUUCAAAAGACUCUGUACGUAUGGAUCUGUCUUCCGCAGAUCCUGUUGGCAUUUCACAUGAUGGCCAGCGUCUUUACUGGCGCUACGCCUCCGCACUGGUGCCGGGAUUCGCCGUCGUUUCCUGACCCAGAUCCUGGAACGGUGGGUAACAGCUCUGACACCGGAAUGGCAAACCAGAACUUGACCGUCUCAUUCUUCCUUAAGCGCGCGCAAGCCUGUGGACUAUUUGUCAACCAAAGCAGUUCUGCCUCGUGCAGUCAUGGAUGGGUCUAUAGUCGCGAGACAUUUCACAGCACCAUUGUCACCGAGUGGGAUUUGGUUUGUGACAGAGCCAGUCUGAACAAUCUUGGGUCCUCCAUCUACAUGCUGGGUUUAUUAGUGGGAGCAGCCGUGUUUGGAGCAAUGGCUGACAGGUAUGGACGUAGGUUCUGUUUGCUAUUGUCUCUGGCACUACAGGCUGUGUUUGGCAUCUCUGUUGCUUUUGCUCCAAACUUGCCCACAUACGUGCUGCUGCGCUUUAUGCUGGGAACCACCAUCUCUGGAGUCAUCAUCAACGCCUUUGUGCUGGGCACCGAGUGGACGUGUACGGAGCGCCGCAUGCUGGCGGGCAUCUUCACGGACUACUUCUUUGGCGUGGGCUACAUGCUGCUGGCGGGCAUGGCCUACCUGCUGAGGGACUGGAGGCAGCUGCAGCUGGCCAUCUCUGCCCCGGGGUUCCUCUUCAUAUUCUACAUCUGGCUCGUCCCUCAUUCUGCUCGCUGGCUGCUGGUGAAGGACCGCACAGAGGAGGCCGUUACUCUCCUGAGGAAAGCAGCCAAGGUCAAUGGACGACCUUUCCCCUCCUCUGCGCAGGUGUGUCUCUCGAGUCUCAUCCCAAAAAGUAUUGAGAAAUGUUACGGGAGGGGUCAGUGUGGCAUCACCGACCUGUUUAAAACUCCACAGAUGAGGAAGAGAUCCUUCAUCCUGUUCUACCUGUGGUUUGUGAAUGUGCUGGUGUAUUAUGGCCUCUCUCUGGGUGUGUCCAGUCUGGGGGUGGACCUCUACCUCACGCAGUUCAUCUUCGGAUUGGUGGAGAUUCCUGCCAGGUCAAUGGUUCUGGUGGCGUUACCAUGGAGUCGCAGGAUUCCCCAGAGCUUCUUCUUGGCUGUGGGCGGUGUGGCUUGUCUCCUCACACUUACUGUGCCAGCAGAUAAGCCUCAGGUGGUCACAGGUCUGGCUCUGGUUGGAAAGUUUGGGAUCACCGCCUCCUUCGCUAUUAUUUACAUCUAUUCUGCAGAGCUGUUCCCUACAGUUCUGAGACAGACAGGGAUAGGCAUGGCUUCCAUGUUUGCGAGAAUGGGAGGAGUCUUGGCCCCUCUCAUCAACAUGCUGAGAGACCCUGCCCCCACCGUUCCCAUGGUGAUCUUUGGCUGUGCCCCUCUGCUGGGGGCAGCUCUCGCUUUGGCUCUGCCAGAGACGGCCAACCAGCCACUUCCAGAUAAUCUCGAGGACAUCCAGGAACCUUCAGUGGGGAUCAGCCAGCCUCACAGUCCAUCAGAGGGACAGCAGCUACAGCACUUGGCAUCCGACUCUUGACCCAAAACCACUGACACACUAAAUAUACACAAGC